AUGGAAGCAUCAAACGGUACUUCUCGGACUGUUCAGGAAGUAAAUCACAAAAUUGACUGCAAGUUAUCGCGCGAGUACGCUGAUUCACAGGUUUUCAGAAGUGCUUUAGUUCUAUAUGAAAAAAUUCGAAUUGCAGAUAAAAACCAAACCAGCUUCGGAUGAUAAUAAACCAAUGGACAUUGGAAGUUUCUACUCGGAAAUGAGCGAUGAACUAUAUUUGAAGCAUAUCAAAGCAGUUCUGGAUGAACUUAACAAUCGAGAAACGUUGCAGGUAUCGAUGGUCACAGUGGAAACAAGACAGCUUUUUCAUUUUAGACUGAAAAAAUUCCAACCACUUCAUCUGCAGUCGAAAACGCCGUUUCCACGUCAAGCAGCAGAAGCACGGAGUUGAAAGAACCAAAAGUUGAAGUACCAGAUGAGGUUGAGACGAUUACAUUCAUCAACUUUCACUUUUAUGCUUUUGCAGCACUUUUACGUUUUGACUGAAAAUGCGACUGGAAUACGUUACAACUAUCCCGAUGGUAACUAUACGUGGAAUCGUCCUCCAGUGGACGACCGCUAUCCAGAUGUAACGCUAAAAACUCUUCCAGGGCUAGAUGAACCAUUGCAGACAAAUCUCCUCAAACGUCUGAACGAAUUGAACGGGUAUGACAUGAAGAAUCAAAGCAAUCAAGAGGCGGAUGCUCUAGAAGAUCCAAAAGCUGAUAUGGCGGAAACUCUAGAAGUAAAACUCCGAAAAACUUCGAAGCCGUCCGCCAGUUACUGGGGAAAACGGGGAGGAGAUCCUUUCGUUGAUUGCGCGGUAAUCAGUACAAUUUAAUUGUAAAGACGUAUUUUAUCACUUUUUUCAGUGUUCAAUAUGUCAGAUGAAGUUCACAACUCUCCGAGAUCUUCUGGAUCAUCGUCUGCAAGUUCACUCUCAAACGACUAUGCUGACGUGUGGUUUCUGCGACAAACGAUUCCAGAAAAGAACGCACAUCUUCCUGCAUCUGAGUCAGGAAUACAAUGUGUACCGUUGUGAUGCCUGCCGCAUAUCAUUCUCCAGUAAAUAUCAUAUUGACACACAUCGGUGCAAGGAAGUCAUUUCGGACACUGUAACACCGAAAAAGCAGCAAGAACCCAGGAAGAGAAUGUCGACGGAAGUGGCGACAGAACCGGAGGAUCCUGCUGAAGAAGACGACAAGCAGUUUCACACUUGCAAUCGGUGCGGAAAGCGGUACACUCACUAUCACUGGCUUGAAAAACACAUAGAGAAGUGCUCCGGGACAAAUACGAAUAUGCAGGAAGAAGUAAUCACAAAAAAGCAGACCGCAACAACCAUCUCUUUUCAGUAUUUCACUUGUGAGCUCUGCCGAAGAGUGUACAAUUCAGUCAUUUGGUUUGAGAAGCACAAGACAAAGUGCUUCCCCCAAGCCUCACCACCGCCUUCACCUGCGAAUGUCGCACAAGUUCCACUUCAAACCGUUCUCCGCAAAUCAGUAAGAUUCGAUAUUUCCUGUUUUCCAAACCGGUCUUUUUUUUUAGGAAACCACUUUCUGUCAGAAUUGUCAUCAGAAGUUCAGCACUCAAAUUUCGCUCCACGAUCAUUUGAAGUCAUGUAGUUCCAGACAGAACCCACUGUACCAUACACUCAAAAACGACUUACCAGAUGACGACUCUGACAUGCCCGUUCUUGUGGAUAAUUCCAAUGCAACUAAUGAAGAGUCCGAAGACUUUGAAUAUCGAGAACCCUCCGUGGAUAUGUUCGGAAUAGAGCCGGAAGCGAGUGAAAAAGAUUAUCACUCGGAAACCAUUCCUCCGUGGAGCAGAAAUUUCAACAUCAAGGUAUCUCUACCAGCACGUCUCUUUCAAUUUAUCAACGAACAUUACAUUUUCAGUGCUCGCUGUGCCCAGUAACCGUCCCGAAUAUCUCUCAAAUUCUUCACCACAGAAAGAAUGUUCAUGGAAUUGCCGCUAUGCUGACAUGUGUUUUGUGCUCACGGCAAUUCAAUUCUCUGAGCACACUCCGAAGACAUCUGAGCAUGGAAUAUUCGGUGUUUCACUGCGAUAAAUGCGGAAAGAACUGUGUGGAUCGUUCUUCACUGUAUCGCCAUGAUUGUAGUAGAAUCGUGAAGAAUGUGAAUACAAAAGAACGCGACCUGAAGACGUUGGAUUGUCCGAAGUGCCACGCUAAAUUUGCAAAUGCAACAAUACUGUAUUCUCAUCGGUUGAAGUGUGAAUCGGACUACUGCAAUGAGCAACUUUAUCUCGAAGACUCAGACGAAAGACAGCCGACGUCGAGCAAUGCUUAUCUGCGAAGAAUCGCUUUUGCCGAAAAAGCACCGAUGAAAGACGAAAUGGACGAAGAGAAUGAGACAACGUCGAGCAACAGAAAUACUGCACAUAUUCAGACGAGACUGGAGGUAGCAAACUCGUAAAUUAGUGAAUUCAUGUCUGCCUUGCAGUGUGUAGAAUGCCCAGAACUGCUCAAUACCCGCUCGGAUCUGAUCCGUCAUCGCAAAGAGUGCCACGGGAGAGACACGUUUCAGUGUAGUUUCUGCUUCAAAAAAUUCCAAAAUUACCGAGCUUUACAUGAUCAUCACAUGAUUGUAAUACAGCUUCUUACUUUCAUUUAUAACUUUUGUUUUCAGGAACUCGAAAAAUUCAAGUGCCUCAAAUGUGGAAAGCUGUUUGGUAGAAAGUAUCUGCUGGCCUUCCACGAUGGUCAUUGCGGACAGUAA